AUGGAAUCCGACGAUGCCUUUCUCGAUGCCUUUCUCGACGCGUGCUUCGCUGGUGAGCUGUUAAAGACCCAGGAAGCCCUCGCCAGCGGGCGACUAACCGCCGACGACCUCAACGAGGGACUCGCUCUCGCGACCCAAAUGGCGCACCCUGAAGUUGUGGCUGCGCUCUUCGACGCUGGCGCUAGUGUGUCGACCUGGACAGUGGAUGCUCUUCCUGGGGGGGGCGAGGUGCCGCAGCACCCGAGUAACAAAUGUGCAGGACUUUUGGGGCUGCAAUCUUUUCACACAAGAUCAGGGGCUCAGGGUCAUAAGUUCCGCAUAAUCGCUGAGCCAUUCCUCUACGCCCAUAUUCAAUGGACAUGGACAAGCUCUCAGAACCCCCCGAUCGCUCAGUUUUUGCGAAGCAUUGUGCACAGGCCCGAGCUCGCCGGUUUUGUCCAUGUUGUGAUCCUCAAUGGGGACAGUUUUGAUCACUGCCAGCAUGGCUAUAGACAGAAAAGACCAAAAAGUCCCAAACUCCCAGUCACUGAAGUUGUCUUGGACGAGCUAGUGAGAUGCAUUGAACGGAUCCAUAUUCCAUAUGCUGAACAAUGGAUCCAAGAGUUGCGCGCCGGAACAAUGGACGCGUUUAUCACACUUUUAUUAUCACAGCUCCCCAAUCUGAGAUGUCUCUACCUAGGCAAGAAUUUUGCCCGAGAGAGCCGCUUCAUGGGCAUGAUGCUCCGUUCGGCCCUCUGCGACGAGUCUCAAGAUAGCCAUCUCCCUUCCUUUACACAUCUACAAGAUGUGUCGGCUGUGUAUCCCGACUUUGAUCGCUACAUUCCCGACUACACGGACGUCAGGAACACGGCAGACAUCCUCCCCCUCUUUUACUUGCCGUCGGUUGAAAGGAUAAGAACCUUAGUCGAUAACCCCACUACUUUCAUGUGGCCUGGGAAAUAUCCACCAAAUCCAUCAAGACUCGCAUCGCUCGACUUGACGAUGUUGCGCGAAGGGCAUCUCGGUCAAGUGUUAUCAGUCACCCAAGGGCUUCGGAAGCUUCAGUGGGAUUGGUACUACUGCCCAGAGCUUGAAGAUCAUUUUGUCACAGAUACUAUCGAUUUAGACCAAAUCGCCGCGGAUCUAUCUCACGUUCAAGAGACUUUGACAGACUUGACUAUUACGGCAGGAUCAGACGCCUUACCAGGGGAUCUCGAACGCCCGGAGCUCACAUUCAGCGGGUCUUUCAAAACUUUUAGCGGACUCCAUAGGCUGAAAAAAUUGGAAGUCCCAAUUCCUUUUCUGCUUGGAUUUUCUCCACGGGCGCCAAAUGUGGUUUGCCUAGAGGAAGCACUUCCAAAAAACAUUGAAUGGCUGACCGUCACUGACGAUCUAUGUUACCAGCAAGAAUGGGAAUGGGAAUGGGAGACUGAAUAG